AUGGAAAGUAACGACUGGGUUUACUUGGAACCAAAAUCAGAUGUGUUGACCUGGGACGGAUGGACAGUGGUGUUCAGGGCCCGGAGUGACACAAGGACGUCCAUCUACGCAGCAUGGUUGUACGACGCCGUCUACCACGACCAGCCACUCCUACCACCUCGACUGAAGCCUGGCUGUUUCUCAUCCAACACAUCUCGUCCUUGUGAUAAUCAUUUCAGAAGCAAGAUUGUCACUACGUGGGAAACAGCUGGUGUACAGCUGGUGAAGGUUGUUCUGAUGAAGAACAGUCGUGUUCGAAGUGAAAUCAUCUUUAAUGGAACUGGUACCAACAAGAUGUCCUGGUUUUCCCCGAAUAGAGUGAUCAAUUCCACAUGGACGGAUCUCACAAAGUCAACUUUCAAAUAUUUCAGUAUCAAGGGGUAG